AUGAUGGCGAGAGCGCAAAUACACACCGAAUCUUCCAAUGAUAUGCAGUCUACUCAUUCUCAGACUGCCAGAGCUGAAACUUUGAAUUCAACCUUGCAAAAUCUAGUGGUAGUGGUUCAAAAUUCCAUCAGUUCAUUGCGGCAAUCCCUCGACCAAUCGGAAGGCCCUCAUUCGCUGGAAAAUCAACAAGAAGCUGUCGGCUCGAGACUAAGCAUUGUAACUUGGAUUUUGAGGUUACACAUGGCCCAUUACUGUGUUACAGGUACCUAUCCAACCAUCAUUCAUAGGCUGUUGAAACUAAAUCACGCUGUUGACGGUUCAACCGAAAUAAGUUAUCAACCUGACACCAAUCGAGUUGUGGCGCUUCUGGUUGGAGUACAAGCAGCAGCAUCAAUGUCGCGGUACAUCAUAAACUUUUCUGCUGAUGCAUUUGCAGAAAUGCUUGAAUCCAGGCGUUUCAAAUCGUCCACGCGAGCGCCACCCCCAAGCCUUGAGAAGUCAGUAUUCAAGAAGUCAUCUCUUCGAUUUGAUUCCAGAAGUCAUUCCAAAAGUACAUGUGGAAUCUGUCGGUUGGAUCGGAAGCAUGCGGCAGCAUCAAUACAUUGCGGCCAUGUCUUUUGCUGGAAUUGCUUGAAUCAAUGGAUAUCCACCGUCCAACAAGCUUGUCCACUGUGUAGACGGCCUUGCCGAACUCAGGAUAUUAUCUUCCUUCAUAACUACCAGGAAUGA